GCGGAGUGUGCGUCGUUUCCUUGCGGCAGAGGAGAGAGGAGGUGGUAUCGAGAGACUGGAAACGUUUACCAUCCGGAUCCCCGCUCAACUCCCACUGUACAAUGAAAUUAACUUUAUUCACGCCCGCCUCUGAUCUUCACUACUUCACCAUACUCCUGAUCACCGGGCUGUACACUCCAGGGCAAGGGGAGAUCACUACUCUGGAUGCUGGGAACAUUGACGAAAUUCUCAACAAUGCUGGAGUGGCUUUAGUCAACUUUUAUGCAGACUGGUGUCGGUUCAGUCAAAUGCUGCACCCUAUCUUCGAGGAAGCCUCAAAUGUGGUGAAAGAAGAAUAUCCAGACCGUACACAGGUGGUGUUUGCCCGUGUGGAUUGUGACCAACAUACUGAUAUAGCGCAACGAUACCGGAUCAGCAAGUACCCGACCCUGAAGCUUUUCCGAAAUGGGAUGAUGAUGAAGAGAGAGUACCGAGGCCAAAGGUCAGUGUCGGCCAUCGCCGACUUCAUCCGGCAACAGAAAGUAGACCCGAUCACAGAAAUCCACAGCCUGGAAGAGGUUAACAAAGUAGAUAGGAGUAAGCGAACCAUCAUCGGCUACUUUGAGCAGAAAAACUCUGAUAACUUUCACACAUACGAAAGGGUAGCGAAUAUCUUAAGAGACGACUGCGUCUUCCUGGCAGUGUUUGGUGAGGUGUCUAAGCCUGAGCGGUUCAGCGGCGAUAAUGUUAUCUAUAAGCCGAUCGGAGAGACCGUUCCCGACAUGGUGUAUCUCGGCUCGCUAACAAACUUCGACCUGGCGUAUGCAUGGGUGCAGGACAAGUGUGUGCCGCUGGUCCGAGAGAUCACUUUCGAGAACGGAGAGGAGCUGACAGAAGAAGGCAUUCCAUUCCUGAUCCUCUUCCACCAGAAGGAGGAUACAGCAAGUCUAGAGAAGUUCCAGCAGGAGGUGGCACGCCAGCUUAUCACUGAGAAGGGCUCUAUAAAUUUCUUGCAUGCCGACUGUGAUAAGUUUCGGCACCCUCUACUACACAUCCAGAAGACUCCCGCCGACUGCCCCGUCAUUGCUAUAGACAGUUUCCGCCACAUGUACGUCUUCCCAGAAUUCAGCGACCUCUCGGUUCCAGGAAAACUGCGGCAGUUUGUCUUGGACCUUCACUCAGGAAAGCUGCAUCGAGAGUUCCACCAUGGGCCGGAUCCCACCGACAGCACUCCAGGACAGCAGGAAGAGAACAACGAGGCAGCCAGCAAUCCUCCAGAGAGCUCAUUCCAGAAGCUGGCACCCAGCGAGAACCGUUACACCAUCCUCAGGGAUCGGGACGAACUGUGACCUCGUCUCACAUCAUCACUUAGCGCAGAACAGCCGGCAGGCAGCCACCUGCAUCACCUCUAUUUUCAUAACUUUUAUUUUGGCUGAAAAAAAAAAUAACAAAGAAGAAUAUCUGAAGUUUUUUGGGUGGAGUGGAAGGAAGAAGAUAUGAAAGUGUGUCUGAGAGAAGAGAGAGAGAGAUCAAUUUUACUUUUAUUUUUUUGGAGUUUGUAAAUAUGUAUGUCCUCUGUCGGUGAGUCUUCUAAAUUAAAAUGGUUCUUUUUUUUUUUUUUUUUAACCCCUAGGUUUUUUUUUUGUCUCCUUUUUUUGUAAGAAGAAAAAUAAGCAGAUAAACAGUGAUGGUCCUUCACAGUAGGAUCCACACACUCAAGGCCUGGGGAAUCAUGGGAAAUGACUUUGUGGUCAAGCCUGUGGCAUUCCUACAUUUCAGUUUAUAGUAGCGUGUAAGAGCGAGACUGCGCACGUGUCCACGCGAAAGAAAGAGAGGAAUGAAGGAUCACAUUGGUACAUUAUUAGUCUGUAAUCUUACAUUCUGUGGGAGUUCCAGACUCGUCCUUGCUUGUUUAAAAUCCGGACUCAUAUCAGCCCAUUCCAUGAGGAGGAGCGGUAGGGGUGGGGCUUUAAUAAGGGGUGGGGCUUUAAUAAGGGGUGGGACUUGAAGGGAGUGUUUGUAAGUCAUCUCUGAGUGGGGGGAUGAAAAACCAACAACAACAAAAAAAAGUAAGUUAAAAAAUUAAAGGGAAAAUUUUACAGAA